AGACUAAGACUUCUGUUGGAGGAACUUCUCUAGGGUUUUGUUGCAGAUUGAUGAAGUUUUGCUGCUCUUUUGGAUUGCGCUGCUUCGACCCAAAUGCCUUCAACAGUGAUAUAGCCUUUGCAUCCUUGUAUGCUUGCAAACGGAGCAGCGAGAUCCAAGUUACUUGCUGCGCUGAAGGUAUGCACGAGCUCAAGAGACCUCCGCACGGGAAAAAUCCUUCACUCUCGAGCCACCGAGAUCGGGCUGCAGUCGGACACAUUCAUCGCCACCUCCUUGAUCAACAUGUACGCAAAAUGCGAGAGCAUGGGGGAGGCACGAAAGGUUUUCGACUCGACUCUCAACCAGGACACGGUUCUCUGGAACGCUCUCAUGCUGGGAUACGCAAGCAAUGGCGAAGAAGAGCUCGCUCUCAAGCUCUUCUUCCACAUGAAACUCGGAGGCUACGCUCCAAAUGCUGGAACUUUCGUGGCCGCCCUCAGAGCUUGCAGUAACUUGGCAGCGAAAGAAGCUGAGCAACAAAGUCGCGACGGAGCUCGUUUGAAGUUGCGAGCUCUGGAGCAAGGCCUCGAAAUUCACUCACAGGCAGCGAUGGUGCACUGCGAGUCGGACGCUUUUGUGACGAGCAGUCUCGUGGACAUGUACGCAAAGUGUGGGAGCUUGGUGCUGGCUCGGCGAGUUUUCGACAAGAUGCCCAGCUGCGACGUUGUGACUUACACCGCUCUCAUGCUCGGCUACGCGGACAACGGGCAGGGAGAGACGGCGCUUGAGCUGUUUGGGAGCAUGCAACGCCGGGGCUGCGCUCCCAACGCUCGAGCUUUCGUCGCUGCUCUCAAGGCUUGCACGACAAUCGCCUUGCAGAGAGACAGAACAAAGGCAGAAAGAAAGCCGCAGAUGGAUGGGAGGAAGAUGGAAGCCUCGGCAAGGAGCUCUCAACAGGAAGAUAGCUCACAGAUCGAUGGAAGAAGGAUGGAAACUCUCCCGGGAAAGAGCGCCCAGGUUGAUGGAAGAAAGACAGUCUUGGCAAGAAGCUCCCGAGCGUUUGAUGCAAGAAAGCUGGAAGCUUUGGAAACCGGGAUGGCGAUUCACUCUCAGGCAGCGAGAUCUUCACAAGACUCGGACACCUUCGUGGCCAACAGCUUGCUGGGAAUGUACGCAAAGUGUGGAAGCUUGGUCGAUGCUCGCCGGGUUUUCGAUAGGAUGCCGGCUCACACUUCCGUGUCGUGGAACGUUUUGGUGCUCGGCUAUGCGGAGAACGAGGCGCCUGAGCUCGCCGUGGAGCUAGCUCUUGAAUGGAUGAGACAAGAUCCAAGUGGCGGCGGUGGCGGCAGUGGCUCGAUUCUUCUUCCAGCGCUCAAAGCUUGCAUGGCUAUGGCGGCCCGUGAGGAGAGCGUGGAGAUGGACGAGGGCAAGCUCGUCAAGCUUGGAGCUCUGGAGAGAGGGAUGGAGCUCCACUCCCGAGCUUUAGACGUCUCGAGCAAGGUGGCGAGCUCGCUUGUGGAUCUCUACUCCAAGUGUGGGAGCUUGGACGACGCGCGGCGAGCUUUCCAGUCGAUCGAUCGCUGCGACGUGGUGGCGAUCACGUCGCUGCUGCUGGCGUGCUGCGAGAGUGGCGAGGCUGGAGCGGCGCUGGAUCUCUUCUGGAGCAUGAUCCUCGCGAGCGCGAGCUCCAUCGCGCCGGACGCUCACUGCUACGCGGCGGGGCUCAAGGCGGCGGCGAUGGCGGCGGCGUUGGACGCCGCGCGAGUGAUCCAUGGCGAGAUUUGCCGGUCGGGGCUGGCGGAGGAGGAGAUUCUAGUGGCGGCGCUGGUGGACGCGUAUGGAAAGUGUGGAGCUCUCCUCCUCGCGGAUCGCGUCUUCGAUGGCGCUGGAUCCAGAGGCGUGAUCGCGUGGACGUCGAUCAUCACCGCCCACAGCCGCGAGUCCCAGCGCGCGAUCGCGCUGUUUGGAGCGAUGGUCGAGGACGGAGUGGCGCCCAACGCCGUGACGAUCCAGAGCGUGCUGGCGGCGUGUAGCCACGGCGGGCUGGUGGAGAAGGGGAAGGAGUUCUUCGCGGCGAUGGCGGAGAGGUAUGGCGUGGAGCCGGAGAUGGAGCACUACGUGUGCAUGGUGGAUCUCUUGGGUCGAGCCAACGAGCUGGAUGCCGCGGUGGAGCUGCUGCGAUCGAUGCCCUUCCGGGCGAAUGCGGUGGCGUGGAGGACGAUCUUGAGCUCUUGCCGGCGGUGGGAGAGCUAUGAUCUCGCCAGAGCCGCGUUUGAGAAUCUGGUGAGGAUGGAUGCCAGGGAUGGCGCUGGGUAUGAUCUCUUGCUGGCCAGCGUUUGAAAAAGCAAGAGCAUUGCUCCCGAGAAGCUGGAACGCUAAGAUUCCAGCCUUUGCUCCUGAAGCUCUAUGAAAGUCAACAUGGUCAAUGUAAAGUCAAUGCAAAGUCAAUGAAAGGCCGUAAAACAUUUUUGUAAA